CUUGUAUCUGCAUGUUUAUUUUUAUUGUCUUUCUCUUCCCAUAUGUCUUCAACAGGUCCUUUUUCUUGUAGAUUACGGAAACAAUUUAAUCUGAAUGGAAUGCACAAGUCUGGUGACGUUAUUCUUGGAGGAAUCUUUGAGAUCAACUUUUUCACUACAUCUUCUGAACAUUUUACUUCAGAGCCCAAAGAUCCUAUCUGCUAUGGCUUUGAUCUUAUAGGGUUCAGACAGGCCCAGACCAUGGCCUUUGCUGUUGAUGAAAUCAACAGAAACUCCAAACUGCUUCCCAAUAUUUUGUUGGGAUACAGUCUAUAUGAUAGCUGUGUCAAACUAGGGAUCUCGUUCCGUGCAGCUCUGUCUAUGACCAGUGGCAGAGGAGAGCCGUUUCAAUUAAAUGAGAGCUGUUAUGGGAAUCCUCCUGUGCUAGGAAUCGUGGGAGAUACUUCCUCAACCCGUACUAUAGCUGUUUCUAGCAUAGUAAGCUUGUACAGGCUACCAAUGGUGAGUUAUUAUGCCACAUGUUCCUGUCUGAGUGACAGGAAACGGUUCCCAUCUUUCUUUAGAACUAUUCCGAGUGAUGCAUUUCAGGUGCGAGCUAUGCUCCAAAUUCUCAGACAGUUUAACUGGACUUGGUUUGGACUAUUGGUCAUUGAUGAAGACUAUGGACGCCAUGCUGCCCGUUUAUUCCAGUCAGACCUGGCCCAGUCUGGUGGAAGCUGCCUGGCUUAUCUAGAGGUUCUGCCCCAGGGAAACGAUAUGGCUGAGAUUCAGAGGAUCGUUGGCAUAAUGAAGAAAUCCACAUCCCGUGUGGUUAUUGUUUUUGCACAUCCAAGCAACAUGCUUGAUCUAAUGGAAGAGGUGGUAAAGCAGAAUGUAACAGGCCUACAGUGGAUGGCGAGUGAAGCCUGGAUUGAAGACAAAGUGCUCCGUACCCCCAGCUACAUGCCUUUCCUUGCAGGCACUCUGGGCAUUGCUAUCCGUCGGGGGGAAAUACCAGGACUCAGGGACUUCCUACUGAGAAUACGCCCUGACAAUGACACACUCAGCAGCCAGGACCAUAAUUUAGUGAAGCAGUUUUGGGAGCACGUAUUUCAGUGCAAGUUUGUAAUCCCUGGUAUGGAGUUUGAAGGGCAGACUCUAGAAAGACUAUGUACAGGGAAUGAAAGUCUAAGGAAUAUAGAGACUGAAUUCCUGGAUCUGUCUAACCUCAGGCCAGAGUAUAAUGUGUACAAGGCAGUUUAUGCCCUGGCACAUGCCCUACAUGACAUUAUGCAGUGUGUUCCAGGGAGUGGGCCUUUCCAAGGUCAAAGUUGUGCCAGUUUACAGGGACUAGAGCCAUGGCAGAUUUUAUAUUACUUGCAAAAGGUCAAUUUCACUACAGACUUUGGUGACCAAGUGUCAUUUGAUGAGAAUGGGGAUGCUUUACCAAUCUAUGAUGUGUUGAACUGGAGGUGGCCCCCAGAUGGAAGAGCAGAGGUUAAAAAUGUGGGAGAUGUCAAAGAAAUGGCCUCAAAAAUCGUUCAUCUUAUCCUUGAUGAAGACAAAAUCUUUUGGAAUUUCGAACCAAAAAAGCCACCCAAGUCAGUGUGCAGUGAAAGCUGUCCCCCUGGCACCCGCAUGGCCCGAAAGAAAGGUGAACCUGUCUGCUGCUUCGACUGCAUCCCUUGUUCAGAAGGAGAAAUUAGCAAUGAAACUGAUUCAACCGAAUGUACCAGCUGUCCAGGGAAUUUUUGGUCCAACCUCCAACGUAAUCACUGCGUCCCGAAAAGUAUGGAAUUCCUUUCCUAUGUGGAACCCCUGGGAAUCUCCUUGACCACUGCCUCAUUAUUUGGUGCACUUUUAUGCACCAUUGUUUUGGGAAUCUUCACCCAUCAUCGUACCACGCCAGUGGUGAGUUAUUUUGCCACAUGUUCCUGUCUGAGUGACAGGAGCCGGUUCCCAUCUUUCUUUAGAACUAUUCCAAGUGAUGCCUUUCAGGUAGUAAAGCAGAAUGUAACAGGCCUACAGUGGAUGGCCAGUGAGGCCUGGACUGCAGCCAAAGUACUCCAUACUCCCAGCUACAUGCCUUUUCUUGCAGGCACUCUGGGCAUUGCCAUCCGCCGAGGGGAGAUACCAGGACUGAGGGACUUCCUACUGAGGAUACGCCCUGACAAUGACACACUCAGCAGCCAGGACAACAACUUAGUGCGGCUAUUUUGGGAGCACAUAUUCCAGUGUCAAUUUUAUUCCCCUGGAAUAGAGGUGAAAGAGAAAGAAAGACUAUGUACAGGGAAUGAGGUCCUAAGGAACAUAGACACUGAAUUCCUGGAUCUGUCUAACCUCAGGCCAGAGUAUAAUGUGUACAAGGCAGUAUAUGCCCUGGCACAUGCCCUACAUGACAUUCUGCAGUGUGUUCCAGGGAGUGGACCUUUCAAAGGUCAAAGCUGUGCCAGUUUACAGGGACUAGAGCCAUGGCAGAUCAUAUAUUACUUGCAAAGGGUCAAUUUCACAACAGAGUUUGGUGACCAAGUGUCAUUUGAUGAGAAUGGAGAUGCUUUGCCAAUAUAUGAUGUGAUGAACUGGAGUUUGUUCCCGGAUGGAAGCACAGAGGUUAAACAUGUUGGAGAGGUCAAAGAAUUGGCUUCGAAAAUAGUUGACCUCAGCCUUGAUGAAGACAAAAUCUUUUGGAAUUUUGAACACAAAAAGCCUCCCAGGUCACUGUGUAGUGAGAGCUGUCCUCCAGGCACUCGCAUGGCCAGAAAGAAGGGUGAACCUGUAUGCUGCUUUGACUGCGUCCCUUGUUCAGAAGGGAAAUUUAGCAAUGAAACUGAUUCAACAGAAUGUACCAUCUGUCCAAAAGAUUUCUGGUCCAACCUCCAGAAUGAUCAUUGUGUACCGAAACGCAUGGAAUUUCUGUCCUACGUGGAACCCCUUGGAAUCUCCUUGACCACUGCUUCAUUAUUUGGAGCACUUUUAUGCACUAUUGUUUUGGGAAUCUUCACUCAUCAUCGGACCACGCCAGUGGUUAGGGCCAACAACUCAGAGCUUAGCUUCAUCCUUCUGCUGUCACUGAAACUAUGCUUCUUGUGCUCUUUAUUUUUCAUUGGUCAACCAAGGCUGUGGACUUGUCAAUUGAGGCAUGCAGCCUUUGGGAUCAGCUUUGUUCUGUGUGUCUCAUGUAUCCUGGUGAAAACCAUGGUUGUUCUGGCGGUAUUCAAGGCCUCCAAACCAGGUGGUGGUGGUAGUCUGAAGUGGUUUGGGGCAGUUCAACAGAGAGGGACUGUUGUAUUUCUGACUUUAAUACAAGCAGCAGUUUGUACAACAUGGCUUGUGUCUUCCUCACCAGCUCCUCAUGAAAACAAAGGGUACUACAAUGACAGGAUAGUAGUUGAGUGUGUAGUGGGGUCCACAGUAGGAUUUGGAGUAUUACUAGGCUAUAUUGGCUUACUGGCUGUUCUCAGCUUCUUCCUUGCAUUCUUGGCACGGAAUCUACCAGAUAACUUCAAUGAGGCCAAGUUUAUCACGUUCAGCACACUGGUCUUUUGUGCUGUUUGGAUAGCCUUUAUCCCAGCUUAUAUUAACUCCCCUGGAAAAUAUGCUGAUGCUGUGGAGGUAUUUGCCAUUCUAUCUUCUAGUUUUGGCCUGUUACUUGCCUUAUUUGGACCAAAGUGUUAUAUAAUUCUCCUUAAGCCUGAGAAAAACACAAAAAAGGCUUUAAUGGGACGAGUCACACCAAGAUCAUAG